UCCUUUAAACUUUUCACCUUGUUUUGUCUAGGGUUCUUUCUGGUUUCCUCCGACUGCAGCGUCCCUUGGCUUCUAUCUUCUCAGAUCUUGAGGUUGCUAAAUCGCAACGGAGAAAGAUGUUUUCCGCACAGCAUAAAAUUCACAAAGACAAGGGCGCUGAACUCACCGAGCUUGAUGAGCAAGUUGCUCAGGCGUUCUUUGAUCUAGAAAACACCAACCAAGAGUUGAAAAGUGAAUUGAAAGAUCUGUACAUCAACUCAGCAGCUCAAGUCGAUGUUUCUGGAGGACGGAAGGCAGUCGUUAUCAAUGUCCCGUACAGAUUGGGAAAGGCUUACAGGAAGAUCCAUGUCCGGCUUGUUCGUGAACUUGAGAAGAAGUUCAGCGGAAAGGAUGUGAUUCUGAUUGCAACAAGAAGGAUAGUGAGGCCUCCUAAGAAGGGAUCUGCUGCCAAGAGACCACGAAGCCGCACACUGACCACAGUCCAUGAAGCCAUCCUCGAUGAUGUUGUCUUGCCCGCCGAGAUUGUCGGGAAACGUGUUAGGUACAGACUUGACGGUUCCAAGAUCAUGAAGGUGUUCUUGGACCCGAAGGAAAGGAACAACACGGAGUAUAAGCUCGAGGCAUUCUCGGCAGUAUACAAGAAGCUCACGGGCAAAGACGUCGUCUUUGAUUUCCCUGUCACCGAUGCCUAAACAAGAGAGAAAAAAAAGAAAAGGAAAACAGAGGUUUGGUUCAAUUUCCUAUUGUUAAAUCUUUCUGAUGUGUCUGGACACAUUUGUUACAUCUUAUUUGCAGAUUUUGUCGAGUCAGUUUUGAGUCAUUUGGGCAAAAAAGAAAGAAGCAUAAGUUUGGUUAUAUUAAAGUAUCUUUCAUUCACUGUUGGUUUUGAUGUUCUUCUCGGAGUAUACGUUACAUGAUUUGAAGACGCCCAUAUCGUUAAUUUAUUUACUGUCGCCUUGA